GUCAGCAGCUUGCCGACAUAUGGCUACCCCGGUUACAGAACGCCGUACUAUGAGGCUGGAGAUCACACCGUGUCGUUGGUCCGACCUUCAACUCCACACACUCAGACGGUCAGCUCCCUGAAGCUGAAGCUGAAUAAUAACCCACUUCCAUGUGACACAGAAGAAGAGUUCACCAUCCAAUACACUGUGGUAGGAGAAGCCCAGGGCUCCGUGGAUGUGAUGUAUCUGGCCUUAUCCCGAGGAGUCAUCUUCAUGCAAGGAGUUCGACGGGUCGUCGUGCAAGAAAACUCAGUGAAUGAGGGUGAGGUGUCCUUUAACCUGAUGGUGUCUGCUCACAUGGCACCGUACAUCCAAGUUGUGGCGUACGCCGUCCUCCCCAGUGAGAGUGUGAUCGCCAACAAUGCCGACUUCCCCGUCGAGAAAUGCUUCGGUCACAAG